AAUGAUGAUAAUGAUGGUGAAUUACCAAUCGUUUAUGUUGGCAUGGAAGCAUUUGUUGCAUUCAUUGCCAUCAUUGGAAAUCUAUUGGUCAUUCUUGUAUUCAUACAGGAUCGUCGUUUACGUAAAGUAACAAAUUUUUAUAUAAUUAGCCUUUCAUUUGCCGAUCUAUUGGUUGGAUCUAUCGGUAUACCAUCGGCUAUAAUGACAAAAAUCGGUUCACCACGUGGUUCAAUGAGAUUAUGUAUAAUUAUGCUUAGUUUAUUAAUCAUCCUGUGUACAAUUUCCAUAAUGAAUUUGGUUGCCGUAUCAUUGGAUCGAUAUUGGGCUAUUUUACAUCCAUUGGAUUAUCAUAAACGGAUUUCCGAGAAAACAGCAUUAGCUAUAAUUUGUGCUUGUUGGCUUAUUGGUUCAUUAAUCGGAUUGUUACCAUUAUUUGGAUGGCACAAUGAAUAUAAUGACCGUUGUUAUUUCAUACCAACAAUGAAUUAUAAUUUUCUAAUGUUUCUUUAUUUUGCCACAAUUGUGUUCCCUGCAAUUAUAAUGGCCAUUUUUUAUAUUCGUAUCUAUAUUGUUGUUAAACAACAACUUAGUAUGAAUAAAGUUCGCCAUCUAAGUAUUAGUCAUCAGGAAUCUAGUUUCAUAUCGUCAACGAAUCAAUAUAAAGUUCCUACAUUAUUGAUGGCAAAAAAGAAAUUUUCUUCUUCAAAACAAAAUUACAUAUCCGAUGUGAUUGUUGAAGAAUGUGAAACCGGUGGUUCUAGUAACAAUAGUGUUGAUAAACAAAAACAUGGACAUCGAAAUGAACAAAAUAUUAGUAUUGGUAGUAGCCAUGUAUUUAAAAAAAAUUCAUUACCACAUCUAAUUAAUAGUAAUAGAUUUCAUCAUCAUAAUCAAUUACAAAUUAAUCAUGAUCAUGAUGAUGAUGGUCAAACAAAAUCGGAACCAAGUAGCCGUAAAACAAGUACAAUAUCGAUUGAUAAUAAUCGAUAUAUGAAUCAUCCUACAUCGAUUAUCGAUUGUACCGAUAUGAAAUAUUCGAAAUUUAAAUGGCGUUCAAUUUUAGCCAUUAUGAAAUAUAGAAAUGAUGAUCAUUCAAAAUUUCCUAGUCCAAAUGAUUCAAUCGAAAGUAUUGAUUAUCAUUGUCAUUUGCAACAACAACAACAACGUAACAACAACAACAACAACAAUAAUAAUAAAUUAAACUAUAGCCGCCGUGAAGUGAAAAAAGCACAAAAAUUAUUCAUCAUUGUCUUGUUUUUCAUGAUUUGUUGGAUUCCAUUAUAUACAUCGAAUGCAUUUGAAGCAUUCUGUCCACAAUGUCCAAAAUUACCUGCCAGUAUAUUGGAUUUUUUAAUCAUUUUAUCACAUAUCAAUUCGGCUGGAUCACCAUUUCUAUAUGCAUUCCAUAUGAAAGAUUUUCGUCAAGCAUUACGUCGUUUAAUAUGUAAAGGAGCUUUUAAUCAACGAAAAUUACGUGAUUUACGUCGUGAAGAAUUGUUCAAUAUAAGUGUACAACAACAACAACAACAGAAGAAAGCAGCAGCAGCAGCAGCGAAAGUCAAAUUUUAAUUUAAACAGUAAUGGAAGAUCAUCAUCAAUAAUGAUGGCUAAUUGUCAUCAACAAAUAUCCAAUAGAUUUAGUCAUAAAAAUACCGAUCAAAUAAUGAUGAACAUGAAUGAUCGAAAUCAUUGUGAAAAUCAAUCAUCAUCCUAUAUAUCAUGUCAUGAAUCACUUGAACAUAUCUUUAAUGCCAUGACAAUUCAUUCGAAUGUUUGUCCAAAAUCAUCACCAACAGCAACAACAACAACAA